UGUCAAAAACUUUUAAUUCGCAAAAGGGAAAAGCCGCAACAACAUUCAAUCACAAUUACUGCUACUUACAUACAAUUGUGGAGCUCUAGACAAAUCCAAAUUGACCGGAAGUACGACCAGGAUUCGACCCAAAAACAAUGCCACAGCAACGGCGCAAGGUGGCCUUUAGCGGCAAGAAGAAGAAGGACCAGAUGCUCCAGAAGCGCAACACAAAAGGUCCACCAAAAUAUUUGAGAAGCACCCAGGAAUCAUACGAAGACAGCGAUGUGCCCGAAACGACGAGAAAACUCAUGGAGCAGCCGUUUGCACGCGGUGGAAAUCGAAACAAGAACGUGAAUCGUUAUAAUCUGCAGUUCUAUCAGGAGGGAAAAAAGGAACUCGAGCAGAUGAAGCAGGAGGGCUUCAAGCCCCUGGAAGUUCUGAAUCCCAAGGAGCGCGAGGUGGACGAGCACUACUUUGCCGGCUGCGACUUUCCAGUGCGUCCCCCUUGGACGCCGGAAAACUCAAAAGAGCAGCUCGAUCGUAGCGAAAAUCGAUACUUUAAGGAAUAUGUUGAUGAGCUACAAAAGAAGCAGCGUGCCGGCGACUCCAAGGAGCUCUCUUUGUUUGAGCUGAAUCUGGAAACCUGGCGUCAACUGUGGCGCGUCCUGGAGUUCUCGGACAUUCUGCUCAUAAUUGUGGAUGUGCGCUAUGCCACGCUAAUGUUCCCACCUUCCCUCUAUGACUACAUCAUCAAUACUCUGAAGAAGCACGCUAUUGUGGUGUUCAACAAGGUGGAUCUGGUGGAGCCACAUGUAGUUGUGGCCUGGCGACAGUAUUUCCGCGAUCGCUAUCCUCAGCUGCCGGUGGUGCUCUUUGCAUCGUAUCUGCCGCGAUCCCGGAAAGGAAACCAGCGGGGACAGCAAGCGCAUCGCAGGAGCAUGGAAGGCGUGUACAACAUUUACAAGGAGUGUCAGCGCUUCGUGCAGGGCGAGGUGGAUCUUACUGCCUGGGAGCAGAAGAUACGCGAGGACAUGCGAAGCGAUCAGCUGGACAUUUUAGAUGACCUGACAACUGCCGUGGAAGGCGAACUCAAGAUCAGCAGCAGCAUUGACACCACGCCCCACGAGCACGUCAAGUAUCAUGGUGGCGUCCUAACUAUUGGCUGCGUUGGCUUCCCCAAUGUCGGAAAAUCGUCGCUAAUCAACGCGUUAAAGGGUCGCAAAGUGGUCAGCGUGAGUCGCACACCCGGACACACCAAGCACUUUCAAACCAUUUUCCUCACGCCACUCGUUCGCCUGUGCGAUUGUCCCGGUCUAGUCUUUCCCUCGAGUACUCCCAAAAGCCUGCAAGUUCUUCUGGGCAGUUUUCCGAUCUCCCAGCUGGCUGUUCCCUACCGCUCCUUGAAGUUCCUCGGCGAGCAUUUAAAUCUACCGCAGCUUUUGAGGCUCCAUCUGCCCGAAGAUUAUGACGAGUGGUCUGCGGUGGCUAUAUCCGAUGCCUGGGCAUUUAAGCGAGGAUUCCUCACCGCCAAAGCGGCCAGACCGGAUCGCUAUCGGGCCGCCAAUCACAUCCUUCGCAUGUGCCUGGCUGGACAGCAGCUGUUGGUGCUGCAGUUUUAUCCGCCGGGCUUCGAGGAGCGACGUGAACACUGGCUCCAACAUCCCGAUGUGGCAGAGGUCAAAAAGUACCAGCAGGUUGAGCUAGAUGAGCCAGAAAGCGAGACCAACGGUGAUACCUCUUCCGUCUGCUCGGAUACUGCAGACAGCGAAGACGAAGACGAGGACAGCUCCAAUGACGAAACCAAUGCCGACGAGGACGAGUGCGCCAUCGAAGAGGAUCCGCCCAAAUCACGCAACGUGUUUGCUCUGUUGGAGGACGACUAGGAAUGAGCAUUUUACCAAGAAAUGUUGUUAUUGCAUCACUAGCUUGCACUUAUAAUUUAUUAUUAACAUAUACAAUGUUUUGCUAAAAGAAUUAUCUUUUGUGAGCUAAAUAAUAAAUAAUAAUAAAGCUCA